CCCUCUGCCUUUUUCUUUUUUCUCUCAAUAAAGAAAAACCAUCAUUUUGAUUUGCAGUUCACAGUGUCAUUUCAUAUCCUCAAGUACAACAGCAGUUCUCAAUGGCUAAAGUAGCAGCAGCCCUGUCUCUCUCUCUCCUCAUCUUUUCCUUCAUUCCAGGUGGAACUUUGAUGAUGGUAAAUGGACAGAAAAGUUGGUGUGUGGCUAAGCCAUCAUCGGACCAGGCAACUCUACUGGCAAACAUUAAUUUCGCAUGUUCUCAAGUGGAUUGCCGUGUAAUGCAAAAGGGUUGUCCUUGUUUCAGCCCUGAUAAUCUGAUGAACCAUGCUUCCAUUGCUAUGAAUCUUUACUACCAAGCCAAGGGAAGAAACAAGUGGAACUGUGAUUUUAGAGGCUCAGGUCUUGUUGUCAUCACUAAUCCAAGUUAUGCUGACUGCAUUUAUGACUAGCCUAAGCUUAUGACUGGACAUGGUGUGGUUUAAGCAGCUUUACAUAUUGUAAUUCCUUUGAGAAAAAGGGCAUCUUGUAGCUUAAAUUAUCAUCUUUGUUUCUAUUUUCAGAAUUAUGUAAAUGUAUUUAAAUGGGUUGAUAAAAGUGAAAAUUCUCAUGGAAAGCUAA